AUGGAGGUUGAGGGAGCCAUCAUAAAGGCAGCGGGCAUCAUCGUUUACACCGUCGACGCACUUGCGAAGGAAGUGAAAUACUUGCUGCUUAAAGCGUCAAACAAGCCGUUCCACUGGACACCCCCAAAAGGUAACGUCUAUAGCACUACGUCGCCCGAUGAGCGCGUAACUCCAACACAUCAAGCAUACAGGGCGCUUAGACCCCGAUACAAGGCACACGACAGGGACAAGGAGUGCGUUUACUAUCUGGGAAAGCUGACAGAUCCGGACUCCAAGAUAACACUAUCGCACGAACACAUCGACCACGCAUGGGUUUCGGCAAGCAACAUCAACGAGUAUUGCGACAAAGAGUCGCUGUGCAACAUGAUCGCACAUGCAGAGGAACACAUCAAAGGCAAACUGCAUUAG